AGCUGCAAGGCUUGAUCGUGCUGCUCGGCAAUUACAGCAGUAAAAAAAAUAAAGUAGAGAACUGUAAGCAGUGCGGCGAUACUGUGAUCCAGUGCUGUUUCCUACAAGAAGACGUUACUAAAUUGAACAUUACUAAAUAUCACUGUUUUAACCUUCCUUUCUGGUGCAUGCAUUCCUAGGUUUAACCCACGGGGAUAGAGCUUCAGUUCAAGCAUGGGUAACCAUGUAGGAAAGCGUGACCCUCAGCCUGCAAUGACUGGACAGUCUUCUCCACAAGCGGGACCUAGUCCGUCCUUGACUGAAGCAGAACCCACAGACGAUAACGAAGUGUUUGGCCAUGUACAGGCAGAUGUGAACCAGAACAAUGGGAGCUCCUCUGAGAGCACAGCGGUGACAGACUCCAAGGGUGCAGAGGGCCAGAAGAAUGCCUGGAACGACGCCAGCACAGCUGACCCCACCGCCGGCCGCCCCCACCUGGUCCGCCUCUUUUCCCGAGAUGCCCCGGGCCGCGAGGACAACACCUUCAAAGAUCGCCCUUCCGAGUCCGACGAGCUUCAGACCAUCCAGGAAAACGGUGGGACAGGUUCCGAGUGCUCGGAUUGUACUGAACAAGAGGCAGACUAAGUUCCCUCAGGGCCACAGAACAUCUCAAAUAUGGCAACUGCAAGCACCUCGGAUCAAGCUAGACACGGCUCUAGGCGGCAAAGGGACACUGGUCUGCUGGACCAGCUGGGCAGAUUCUUUGGAGGGGAAAAAGAGGGGAGCAGGAAGGGAAAGGGCUCAAUGAGAAGCAGCCAUUUGGGAUCUUCACCUCAGAGGCCUCCACAGCAGUCCGGGGCCCAUGCCAGACCUGGGGAUGACAACCCUGUAGUGCACUUCUUUAAAACCAUUGUGUCUCCUAGGACUCCACCACCUCCUCCCAAGGGCAGAGGACUGUCCCUCUCCAGAUUAGGAUGGGGAGCUGAUGGGCAGAAGCAGCCAGUGCAGCCAAGAUUUCUUGAGGCAACAAGAUCUCCUCACAAAGGGCACAAGGACCGGAGAGGAGAAGGCCAAGGAACUCUUUCCAAAAUCUUCAAACUGGGUGGAAAGGAUAGCCGAUCUGGAUCUCCCUCCAAACGUUGAAUUAGCCCCUUUGAGUUUCUGAAAGAGGUUAAUGGGGGAAAAAAAAUUAAAUCCUCUGCUUGAUAAAUUAACUCCCUGCCAGGCUUAAAGCAUAUUAAUACAAACUCGCUGCAUUUUUUCUAGAUAGCAACACAAUCUCUUAUUACCUGCUGAGAUUUCAAUGCAGUCAUCAUCUGUGAGAACUGGCGAAGUGGUCGAGGGGCCUCUGCACAAGCUCUGCCUGCCAGGAUUCUUUGUGCAACUCCAAGCCCUCCAUUUGUCUGCAGCACUAACACUGGCUGGAUCACACUGACAGGCAAUUUUUUUUUUCCCGGUGGCGCUGAGGGAUGUUUCUCAUGCUAUUGUCACAGCAUUUUGUUCAGCUGCUCCAAUGCGAAAUUUUAUAUCCAAGCGGUCUGCCACUUUAAGUCAUGGAGACAGCCAGUUAACAUCAUUUACUGGGACUGUUUCUAGGAAUCUGUUUAGUUUUAUAAAGUGUUUUUAAUGGCUGCGUAGCUUCACAUUCAUCACAAAAAACAAUAAUAGUAGUACUAUACUUCAGCAACUUCUAUUAUUUUUUUAAUUGUUUUUCAAAGGCAAAGAGCAGACCACUUUGCAUUGCAUAGAGGCCUUUCUGGAGGUGCUGAUCUCUUAAUUUUAGAGCAGAGUGUGGCAAUAAAUGUUGAGGGGGAAAACUGUGAUGCUACUGUGAAGGUUGUAACCUACCACUUGUAACUGGCAACAUCAUGUAAUAUCUAUCACGUUCUAAUACACUAACAUGUACCUUUUUUUUUUUUUUACAAAAACUGUGAUUAAUAAAAUUUAGAUACUUAAAUGUUAACUGUAUUAAAUCGGUCUGGUGCUGGUAUUUAUCCAGACACGUUUUAAAACUCACUGAAUGCUCUUCUGAAUUGCACUGUUUCUGCUACUGAAAUGAACAUCGUUUCAUAUGCCUUGGGCUGUCCUCCUCUCCUAUUAUUCUAUAUGCUUUUUAUUUAUGUGAGCGCUGCACAAAAUAAAAGUUAAUCAAAAACAGCAAGCUGACGCAAAAGCCAUUUUGUAUUGACCAAAAAUAGAGUGCCGUGAUGAUGUUGUAAAUUUGUUUGUGUAGAAGCAGUAGUGCUGUCCUGUGAUUAACUGCCUAGACAUUUCUUUAUUGUUAUUCUCAUUGUCUCCAAACCCACAUGAAGAAGGUAAGCCUGAAUUAUAGAGAAGUGUAACUGGAAGUCGUUGAAAGUCCUGAGGAAAAUGAAAAAAAGCCUGGUUGAUGAAUUGCAUGAACUCUGCUGCAAAAACUGCUGAUGCCCCUUGGAUCCAGGAGUUUUCCUGGCUUUUUCAGAAUAUGCUUUUUGUAAUACAUAACAUACUUGUGAUCCCUACCCUCCUGUUUCCCCCCCAAUUGUGUUGUAGUUUCUGUGGAUGAAUGUAAGUUUGAAUUUUGAACCAUUGUAAAUGUCAAUAAAUUACUUGCCUUUUAACGUGAAAUAAAAUGUGCAUUAGAAGUUU